GAAUUCUCUCCUAGAAAGAAUGACUAUCGAGGGGGAAUGCGAUGUUCGCUUGGUCAUUCGAGCGAUAAAACGAUCCAGACUGGAUUUCGUUCGAUCUGUCGUAAGCACAUCUUCCUAAAAACCGAUGGAAAUGUUUUAAAAAGGCGAUUACGAAAAGACAUGAAAUAUUCGUGCAACGCGGCCUUAAUAUUUAUGGAUUAUUUCGAAAGCAGUACUAAUUUUUCUUAAGAUGGAAAUCAACAAGUGAAAUUACACGUGUUUGAUAAUAAAAUAAAUAAAGAUGGUAACACGCAAUAAACUCAUAUUCGAUUCCGAUCAUCGCUCUACGUGGUCAUUGAACGAAAGAAAAAAAGAAAAAGAAAAGAAAAAAGAAGAUAGAAAGAGAUGGUAAACGGCCUACCCUACCUUCCGCGGCCCGACUCGAGCUUCUCAAUUUCCCCGGGAGAGAGCGCCUCGGUCGAGGCGAGUACGAUAAACCGUAAUUUCUUUGGAAAAAGACAGGCGUGUAAAGUCCGACGUUCCGUAAACGCUUGCUGCUCGAUCUCUUAACGCGCAUCUCGUGCAUCACGAUUGGGCUCGCGAUUGGCAUUUCUCCGUGGUACAGUCUUUUGCCAAGGACAUUGUCCUCGUCGUUGACGUCGUCGUUGUCGUUGUCGCCGCGAGUCGUUGUCGCGAGAAAAAAGAAAUCCUUUGCUUCUUUUCGUAAAAGAAAUUCAAGGUCGCCGUAAAGGCCACCAGAAGAAGCCAGUGAAGGAACGUGUAAUAUACAAAAUAGCAACAAGGGGAAAAAGAAAAGAAAUAUGUCGAAUGCCUCGCCGGCAAGGAGUAGCAAGGAGAGCAGGACGGAAUCGGUCGCGAGAAGAUGGACGCCUAAGCCCGUUCUAGAUCCGGAUAUAACGAAAGAUCUUCCCUUGAUCGACGCUUACGUGGGCAUACUGAAGGAAAAGAAGGACAUAUCUAAGGCGAUUAAAGCAAUAUCGAUCAUUUUGCCGGGUUUCGAUCAUUUGAAACGUUGCUCGUCCAAUAAGAUCCUUCUGGCACCCGUGAAAUCUUUCGACAUAAACGACGACGUGCCGAUCCAAGACCGACUAAAGAUUUUCCUCAAGGAGAAAGCUUUCGAUCUUGCUCUUUUAGAGGACGAUUUGCGUGUCAUCAAAGUUCCAGAAAGGAGCGCCAAGUCGAAAGCGCAGGCGGCACGGGCUUCGAAGAUUUGGCCGUUAAAGUUUCAUCCCGAUCCUAUGCUCGAAACAAUCAUCGACGGAUCGAUUUUCAACGAGGAUCAAUUACGAGGAAUCGAGGAGUGCAUGAGGAUCGUCAUAACAGCGGCAAAAUUAGAGGCUAUCGGGGAUUCCAGUUGCAACGGUAGCGCCGUCAUCGUCGAUCCCAACGACGGCGGUAGAAUCCUUGCGAUCGCUGCCGCCAAAAUGGACCGACACCCGAUGUGGCACGCGUCGAUGUUGGCCGUCGACCUAGUCGCUAAACUACACGGCGGGGGUGCUUGGAAUUUGUACGAGGAGGAGGAAUCUAUUGGGCCGUGUCGAGCUGUCGACGGGAACUUUGAAAAAAGAAUGAAAACUAUUAAAAGAAAAUACGAGGAGGUGGCACCGCUUUGUUAUCCAAGAACGUUGUCCAAUAUAGAAAUUCCUUCGGUGGGAUGCCUCCAAGUUAAAUGGAAAUUACAAGGUCGGCGGAAUAACGGUCCUAAAAAAGCUGACGCCAUCGCGGAGCCGAGUACAGGCGAGAAAUGUGGACCGUACUUGUGUACCGGCUAUUGGGUUUUCUUGCUGAAGGAACCGUGUCCAAUGUGCGCCAUGGCUCUUCUUCAUUCGAGAGCAGCGAAAAUAUUUUACGGCGUAUCGAACGAGAGGACCGGUGUCCUAGGAUCCAAUGGGAUUUUGCACGCGGUCCCGGGACUUAAUCAUCGAUAUCGCGUUUGGAGUGGAGUAUUGGAAGGGACCUGCGAGGAGGCGUCGAACGAAAUUCAACGGAAGACCGUCGACUCCAUUGAUUGAGACGGCAUUUUAUUAGUCUUCAAUUUUCGAGUGUAGACUGGGUUGCGAUGUCGAGGAUAAGACGAAUACGAUCUUAUCGCCUAUUUUCACGAUUACGAUCAUUACGAUCAUACGAUUAGCGAGAGCAAAUGGAAGGGCUUAGAAAAAAGACACGUGAUCAGUGUCUCAGAUUAAGAGCAAUAAUAUGGCCGACCUUGGUACAUCGGUAUACUUUCCAACGAUGUCUCCAAGUCCGCAGCAUCUGCUCCUAUUUCCUUAUUCGUACGAGCGUCAUUCGCAUACAUGCUACGUAUCGCGUUAAUACUCGAGCGCUCCCCUCGACUCGCCUCGCCUCGCCUCGCCUCGCCUCGCCACGCCUCGCCUCGGCAUACAACGAUGCUUUGUAUUUCCACGAUCGUGGAAAUUCUCCUUUUCCUUUGUCUUUUGCUUCGCUUCGCUCCGUCUUUGCCAUACUUUGUUAAUAAAGUGACGAAGAGACACAA